AUGAGCUAUCUGGUCAUCGGCUCCGUUUACGGGUCUCCACUCGGUGACAUCAUACCUCUUCAGCUGCAGAGCGCGAUGCAGACUUUGGGCGACCUAGGACUUACACUGCUCACCGCUUGUGGCGGCAUAUCAACCCGGCGCGGUAUGCUCGCUCAGUCAAAGGCAUUCGCUGUCUCCUUGAACGAUCUUCUCAGUGGAAACAAUGAAAGGAGCGCCUUGCAAGAAUUCAGUGAUGAAGUGAGCACGGGCGACACGGGCACCCUGCUGGAUUGGGUCAACACUCGCAUCGGAACAGUGCUAGUUGGUGCGGCCCUUCUCGAUGACAUCGUCAGCCUCGUCAUCGCCUCAGUGGUGUAG